GGAUUUCUUUACUCCAAAAUCCAAAGGCAAGAUUAGCUACUACUCCGCUGCGUAAAUUCGACGACGUCGACGUGACGCUGCUCUCUCUCCAACUCUGUUCCCUUAGUUCUCUCAUCUCUCUACUCCCUCCUCCCUCCUGGAUAGUUCUCUCCAAAUCGAGGCUUCUCCAGACAGACACUACGUGACUACAUCCUAAGCGUAAUAUCCGACUUUGGGCUUGCGGAGGAUCAAAGAAAGGUUUUCAGGGACAUUGGUGUUGGAGUUGGAUGGGAAUUGAGGAAAUUAGGAGGAGGAAGAGGUGCUGGAGAAAAAAGAAGUGAUGAUGAGGAAGUCUUUUAAGGAUUCUCUCAAAGCCCUUGAAGCUGACAUCCAACAUGCCAAUACCUUGGCUUCUGAUUAUCCUAGAGAAUAUGAUGGAGCUUGCCUCCAGAUGAGACUAUCAUAUAGUCCUUGUGCCCACAUUUUUCUCUUUCUCGUCCAGUGGACGGAUUGUCACCUCGCUGCAAUUCUUGGCUUUCUCAGGAUCCUUAUUUAUAAGGCAUACGAAGAUGGUAGGACAUCCAUGUCCGUUCAUGAAAGGAAAGCUACUAUAAAGGAAUUUUAUGGUGUGAUAUUCCCCUCCUUGCUGCAACUUCAAAGGGGAAUCACUGAAGUUGAAGAAAGAAAACAGAGAGAAAUCUGUGCCAAGAAGUACACUAGAAGUUAUGAAAUGGGCAAAGGUAAGUUGUCUGAAAUCGAAAUUGAGAGAGAAGAAGAAUGUGGAAUUUGCAUGGAGAUGAAAUCUAAGGUUGUUCUCCCCAGCUGCAACCACUCUCUCUGCUUGAAGUGUUAUAGGGACUGGAUGGCCAUUGAGCACCAGUGUCUAGAUAUCUCAAUGUGAUGCAGCCAUGCAGCAUGUAAUUACAGAAGCCUAAUUAGUCCCAUGCCCUUCAUUUUGAUUCUUGUGAUAUAUUGAGCUUUAGUUCUGUAGAUCACUUAAAACCAGCCAAGGGCUACAUUGCAAUCGCUCGCUUCUGGUGUGGCAUCUCUAUCUAGUCGUAUGGUACCCACUCGAGUUACAAUAUAGUAAAUCUGAUGUCAGGCUCAGUUAAAAAUUCUCAAGUCUGAAUUUGUAGCAUUUCCAGGUAAUCUUUGGUCCUAGUGCGUCUGCUGAUUUCUGCCAGGCAAGAGCUUCAAACGGAUUAGAAAAGGAAUGGAAUUUUUAAAAAUCCUCGUCCUGUUGUUAUCAGUGAAAGAACUAAAGUUUAAUAAAUUAUUGGAUGCAGAUGACCAGUUUGAUUUGUUUCUAUGACCUCAGGGUAUUGUGUCUGUUACCCUUCAUUCUCCCCGUGUUUCCGAACUGAUAUUUGAGCUGUGCCUUAUUUCUGUCUAUCUGUUUUAGAUGGAAACCUCUACUGAAGUCAAACAAGGUAAUGUUUCUUAAUGCUGGGUUAUUAUUUGUUUGACUUAGGCGUGCAAGGUCUCAAUCAUGCCCUUUCUGUCGGGAUAGUCUCAAAAGAGUAAAUUCUGGAGACCUUUGGAUUUACACUAGCAGUUGUGAAAUUAUAGAGUUGUCAGCAAUUGCAAAGGAAAACUUGAAGAGACUUUUCAUGUACAUUGAGAAACUACCUCUUCUAGUUCCAGAUGCAGUGCUGGUCUCUUAUGAUCCUCAAUUCAGAUGAAAGAAUUCUUGGGGUACAGUUAUAGUGUUCAUUAAAUUGAAAUUGUUGUACAUAUGUACAUAUGCUUUUGUGUAGUUGUUUAUAUAAACAAGUUUUAGAACUAUAAACAGACGUUUGGCAAUUGUGAGCUAGCAUUAGAGGUGAUGUCUGCACUGUAUUUAUCGCACAUUCAAGAUGCAAGCAUGAAAUUCAUUCUUUUAGUUUCUUUUGUGUUGCUGCAGUAGCUAUCAUUUUGAAUUUGAAUUGUAAUGAUAAAAUCGACUGACUCC